UUUCGUCAGUGUUUGGUGUGGGAGUUGAAGCUCUCGAGGUGUUCGAAUUCUGUUUUAGUCCAAAUUUAGCUCUGAACCAGAGAUAGUGUGGGGGACUUGACUGUUGGGCUGCCCAUCGAUAUUGUCGGUACACUUGAAGCUGUUAAAUAUCCAAUACUAUCGGAGAAAUGAGCGUGGAAGCGUACGGGCCGAGCUCACAGACUCUAACCUUCCUGGACACCGAGGAAGCGGAGUUGCUUGGAGCCGAUACCCAGGGUUCGGAGUUCGAGUUCACCGACUUCACUCUGCCCAGCCAGACGCAAACGCAAGGCCAAACCCAGAGUCAGCUCGACAACCAGGUGAACGGGCCUGAUGGAGUUUUGCAGAACGGAGGGGUCGAUGAUGGUGUUCCGAAAACCAGCCAGCUUUUGGCUGAGCUGAAUUUUGAGGAAGAUGAAGAGGACACGUAUUACACCAAAGACCUCCCUGUGCAUGCUUGCAGCUACUGUGGCAUCCAUGAUCCUGCUUGUGUUGUGUAUUGUAACACCAGCAAGAAGUGGUUCUGCAAUGGACGUGGCAAUACCUCUGGCAGCCACAUUGUGAACCACCUGGUCCGGGCCAAGUGCAAGGAGGUGACCCUGCAUAAGGACGGGCCCCUGGGCGAGACGGUCCUGGAGUGCUACAACUGCGGCUGUCGCAACGUCUUCCUGCUGGGCUUCAUCCCGGCCAAGGCUGACUCGGUGGUGGUGCUCCUCUGCAGGCAGCCGUGUGCCAGUCAGAGCAGCCUGAAGGACAUCAACUGGGACAGCUCCCAGUGGCAGCCCCUGAUCCAGGACCGCUGCUUCCUCUCCUGGCUGGUGAAGAUCCCGUCUGAGCAGGAGCAGCUCCGUGCCCGGCAGAUCACCGCCCAGCAGAUCAACAAGCUGGAGGAGCUCUGGAAGGAAAACCCCACGGCGACCCUGGAGGACCUGGAGAAGCCGGGCGUGGAUGAGGAGCCCCAGCACGUGCUGCUACGCUACGAGGAUGCCUACCAGUACCAGAACAUCUUCGGGCCUCUCGUUAAGCUCGAGGCUGACUACGACAAAAAGCUAAAAGAGUCCCAGACCCAAGAUAAUAUAACGGUCAGGUGGGACCUUGGGCUGAAUAAAAAGCGGAUUGCUUAUUUCACACUUCCCAAGACGGAUUCAGGUGACAUGCGGCUGAUGCAGGGGGAUGAGAUCUGUCUGAGGUACAAAGGAGACCUGGCCCCUCUCUGGAAGGGGAUUGGCCACGUCAUCAAGGUUCCUGAUAAAGACUAUGGGGACGAGAUCGCCAUCGAGCUGAGGAGCAGUGUCGGGGCUCCAGUGGAGGUGCCCCACAACUUCCAGGUCGACUUCGUCUGGAAAUCCACCUCCUUCGACCGGAUGCAGAGUGCCCUGAAGACGUUUGCCGUGGACGAGACGUCCGUCUCCGGGUACAUCUACCACAAGCUGCUGGGGCACGAGGUGGAGGACGUCAUCAUCAAAUGUCAGCUGCCCAAACGCUUCACCGCACAGGGGCUGCCCGACCUCAACCACUCGCAGGUGUACGCGGUGAAGACCGUGCUCCAGCGUCCCCUCAGCCUGAUCCAGGGCCCCCCGGGAACCGGCAAGACCGUCACCUCGGCAACCAUCGUGUACCACCUGGCCAGGCAGGGCAACGGGCCCGUGCUGGUGUGCGCUCCCAGCAACAUCGCGGUGGACCAGCUGACGGAGAAGAUCCACCAGACGGGGCUGAAGGUGGUGAGGCUCUGCGCUAAGAGCCGGGAGGCCAUCGACUCGCCCGUGUCCUUCCUGGCCCUGCACAACCAGAUCCGCAACAUGGACAGCAUGCCCGAGCUGCAGAAGCUGCAGCAGCUGAAGGACGAGACGGGGGAGCUGUCCUCCGCCGACGAGAAGCGCUAUCGGGCGCUGAAGCGCACGGCCGAGAGAGAGCUGCUCAUGAACGCGGACGUGAUCUGCUGCACCUGCGUGGGGGCGGGUGACCCCCGCCUGGCGAAGAUGCAGUUCCGCUCCAUCCUGAUCGACGAGAGCACGCAGGCCACGGAGCCCGAGUGCAUGGUGCCCGUGGUGCUGGGGGCCAAGCAGCUCAUCCUGGUGGGGGACCACUGCCAGCUGGGCCCGGUGGUGAUGUGCAAGAAGGCGGCCAAGGCGGGCCUGUCCCAGUCCCUGUUCGAGCGGCUGGUGGUUCUGGGCAUCCGGCCCAUCCGCCUGCAGGUCCAGUACCGCAUGCACCCGGCGCUCAGCGCCUUCCCCUCCAACAUCUUCUACGAGGGCUCUCUGCAGAACGGAGUCACUGCCGCGGACCGCAUUAAGAAGGGCUUUGACUUCCAGUGGCCGCAGCCGGACAAGCCCAUGUUCUUCUACGUGACGCAGGGCCAGGAGGAGAUCGCCAGCUCGGGAACAUCCUACCUGAACAGAACGGAGGCUGCCAACGUGGAGAAGAUCACCACCAAGCUGCUGAAGGCCGGGGCCAAGCCGGACCAGAUCGGCAUCAUCACGCCGUACGAGGGCCAGCGCUCCUACCUGGUGCAGUACAUGCAGUUCAGCGGAUCCCUGCACACCAAGCUGUACCAGGAAGUUGAGAUUGCUAGCGUUGAUGCAUUCCAAGGCAGAGAGAAGGACUUCAUUAUCCUGUCCUGUGUCCGAGCCAAUGAACAUCAGGGGAUUGGAUUUCUCAACGACCCACGGCGUCUCAACGUGGCUCUUACAAGGGCAAGGUACGGGGUGAUCAUCGUGGGGAACCCCAAGGCCCUGUCCAAGCAGCCGCUGUGGAACCACCUGCUGAACUACUACAAGGAGCAGAAGGUCCUGGUGGAGGGACCCCUCAACAACCUGCGCGAGAGCCUCAUGCAGUUCAGCAAGCCCCGCAAGCUGGUCAACACCAUCAACCCUGGAGCGAGGUUUAUGAGCACCGCCAUGUACGAUGCCCGCGAGGCCCUCAUCCCCGGGUCUGUGUACGACCGCAGCAGCACGGGCCGUCCGUCGAACAUGUACUUCCAGACCCACGACCAGAUCGGCAUGAUCGGGGCGGGCCCCAGUCACGUGGCGGCCAUGAACAUCCCCAUCCCCUUCAACCUGGUGAUGCCCCCCAUGCCCCCGCCGGGGUACCUGGGCCAGGCCAACGGCCCUGCGGCAGGCCGCGGCGCUCUGAAGGGCAAGGCGGGCCGGGGCGGGAGGCAGAGGAACCGGGGCAUGGGUAACCAUGGCAGCGGGCAGGCCAACAUGCCCAACAGCCAGGCCAGCCAGGACGUGGUCUCCCAGCCCUUCUCCCAGGGACCGCUGACCCAGGGCUACAUCUCCAUGAGUCAGCCUUCCCAGAUGAGUCAGCCCGGCCUGUCCCAGCCCGAACUCUCCCAAGACAGCUAUCUGGGCGAUGAGUUCAAGUCCCAGAUUGAUGUGGCCCUGUCCCAGGACUCUACCUACCAGGGCGAACGUGCAUACCAACAUGGUGGGGUGACUGGACUGUCACAGUACUAGAGUGCAGUGGGAAGAGGAGCUAGGCUUGAGCUGAGCUUAGUUCAUCAGCAUUUUAAUCUGGGAAAUAAUAAAAAACAAAAAAUGGAUAGCUGUUUUCCACUGCUACAACUGAAGCACCACUGUGUGAAAGCAACAGGAGAGAGAAACCAACCAAUCACAAGAGAGAGAGAAAGAACGAGGGACAAGACGGGAAGAAAGAGUGGGAGAAGAGAUGGAGAAGGAGAGAGCGAGAGAAGAGACCACUGCUAGCACACUGAGACAGACGCGAGAAGGAGAAGCUGCAUGUGGUCGCGCUGUCGGAGGGGGAAGACGAGGACCUUGGUCUUGCAUCGAAAAAGAACGAAGCAAAAUCCCAAUGAAAGAAGCCCACCCCCUCCUCGAACCCCUUCACCGCGCCCUUCUCUGAAGGAAUGACUUGUUGGCUGAGGACAUUGCUCUUCGAGCAGAGAGAGAGGGGGGAUAAGACAAGUUCUCAAGCAACACGCAAGCUCAUUCUGGUGUGUCCAGAGAAGGAGUUAACGGGGGGGAAAGACCGCUUCAAGCAGGCGAUAAGGAGUCUUAACCUCAAAGUUGACCUGUUCGGAAAGUCUGCGUUUCAGCCCGUUUGAUUAUAUCCGUGAGGCCUAAGAGCAGUGGUGGUAAGCUCUUAAGCCCAGAGUACGUCAAAUGUCCGAAGCAGCUACUCGAGAAUACGAAUGAAUCGGGGGGUCAACUUUGAACGGCAAAGGUUUCUGCAUUCAGUCUGGUUUGAAAGAAAUUCUGAAUUGAAAUGCCUUUGACUGCUUCUAGAAGUUCACUGGCUUUUUCAACAGGUCUAUCACGAGGUGGUUUACAAGAUUACUGUCCCUGGUGGAAUGGCAAUUGGACUAUAACGGAACGUUUCUCAAGAUCUGAGCUGUGGACCUGAAAGAUGCGUAAUCGCAAGAAUUUUACCGGAGUAACUUUCUUGUGGAACACAAAAGAAGAAAAAACGAGAAAAAAAAAAAUGAAUAAAAAGAAAAAAAGAAAAAAAAUAGACCAGCAUUGAAGAAAAGUAACUUGGUGUAAUUUGAAGUUGCAGCGAUGACACGUUGAUCUUCAUUCCUGAAGGAAAGCAGGGACGGUGGAAUGUGGCCCUCUGUGCUGCGAUAAGGAGUUUUCAAUGUUUUAAUGUAAGGUUUGCUAUGUAAGGUUAGAUCAGCUACUGUCUGAACGAAUGGGUUUGCAAAACGAAAGGAAAAAUUAAAAAUAAGACCCAGCUGCCUUUGGCCGUAGGAGUUGUUCACUGCAAGCAACUCCCAAGACAAAGAUGAGAAGGAAAUGGAAGCUCCAUAUAUAUAUAUAUGUAUAUAUAUAUAUAUACAUACAUAUAUAUACAUAUAUACAUAUAUAAAAUGUGUGAAUAUGCUACAUAUAUGUACAUACUUGUCAUUUGGAGUCACUGUUUAAGUUACAGUAAGCAGGUGGGCUACAGGAAAGGACGGACAGUUAUUAAAGGAAGGUGGCUGAAAGGGUCUGAUCUCUGGCAGGACCCAUGCUAUUUUUCUUCACAAAGCAAUCCGACACUGAAUCAUGGUAUACUCCGUUCAUCGUGCAGAGACCCUGCGUAGGACCAUCGAUACCUGUACGAUUCACUACAAAAGAACCGGAAAAAAAAAGGUUUCGGUGCAAAUUAAGAGCGCGGCGAAAACAUUAAUGUGCUUUGUGCAAUUCAUUUGCAUUUAGGAUGGUGCAUUGAUUAUGACAUCUGCCACAAAUCAUUGGUGCCCAAAUUAUUUAAAUAUUUUACUAUUUAAUACUUUCACGCAGGUCAGUUUUAAUAUACCCUCGAUUACUUAUCUCAUGAAAGGAAACAGAAUCACAACUCUUAGUGCCUAUAACAGACUUGCAAAUAAAUCUACCGGCAUAUGAAGAACCACAAAACUUUUAUCAGAGUGUAGGUAAGAGACAGGUGAUAACCUUCUGCAGUGUGCUAAUUUGACUAGCAGCUGUUUUUUUAUAGCCUCAACAGAAUAGCAAUACUGGAACCCAAACAAAAUCCCCAGUUUAAUUUAGUGUGACUUCUAAAAGGACAGACCAAUGUAGGCCACCUUCCUUCUGCCAGAGUUGCCAGGUAAAAUGAUUGGACGAUGGGCUUUUCUUUUGUGACUUUAAUUAUGUAACUGUUUUACUUUGGGUUUUUUUCCCCCUGUAGCCCCAAGGCUAGGUUUUACCUUAUGUAGAUGUCUGUACAUUUCUGUUGCUCCCAAUCCCCAUUAUCCCAUUUGUGAAUUGUGACAUCCCAAACUCUCCUUUUCACUCAUUGAAAAUGAUUGUUUUUGGUUUGUGCCAUUUUCUCAAUCAGUCUAAUUAGGCAGGUUUUUUGCAACAACCAUGAGCUGUUUCUAAGCGUUCAGUAAAAUGGGGCAGGUAAUUUUUUUUUUUUUUUUUUUGCGGGUCUUGUCCCUAGUUUUAAAACUGUCCUUAAUAAACUAUUAUAAGUAGUUUUGUGCAGUAUGAAAUAAUUAUUCUUGACCGUUCGUCAUCCUCCAUUCCUUCUUACACCAGCCCAUUUGUUCAGCGGCUGUAGUUUGUAGUGCUUUAUUGGGAGCACUGUACUAGAAUGUAGCCAUCACGCUAGCCGUGUCUGUUCUUGUGCGUUCACAAAAUGGCGGCUCUCGCGAGCCGUCGCUCGGUCUGAAUUCCAUUAGCCGACGAUCCUGCUUUGUGACACGUCGCGUGUAUUCUUAGGUGACAAUCGUGCUAACUUCAUCACUACUGUGAAUGUUUUGAAGAGGCGGAGCAUGCGUUUUACAAACUGACUGAUGCCCAGCGAUGACGUGUCUUCUGUUUGAACUGUGAUGAGAAGCUUUGUGUUCCUUCUUAUGUUAACGACCGAGUUAAUAAAUGGUAACCCUCCCUUAAAGAAACAUAGUUAUGAGACGAGUACUUCACUAUUAGUACCAUAGUAGAAGGACUGCUUCUAGCCAGCAAACGGUCAAUUAAUGGAGAUCUUGUUGGUAAUUGGCAGCACUUUGUUUGAUUUUGCACCUUAACCGUCCCUUUUACAAAGAUGGCAGGAGUUUGAUUUGAUGCAGUGUGGCACUUCAGUAGGCCUUAAUGCUUUACAAUGCUAGGGACAAUGGAGACUGCUCUGUGCAAGGAUACCUGGUAAUCGGUAGUACGUGUAGAGUAGCCGAUCGGCCAGUGAGUGGAGAGCACUGCUGAACAUGCCCCAGACGUGUAAGGUGCCAUCUUUGCUCCUGGAUUUGAGCGGGACAGGAAAAGCAACCUCGUCAAGAACGGGUACGGCACGGGCCCUGUCCUCCUCCACUUCACUUUUUGAGCGAUCUUCAUGAAAUUGUUUUGUAGUUCAUGCUUUGAGAGUUAUGAAAUGAAUGAAUACAUCAGGAAUGUGAAGUGUUUUUUUUGUUGUUUUCUUUGCUGUGGAACCUUUUUUUUUUUUUUUUUCAAAGAUGAAAAAAAACUGUUCACCUUGUAACACUGAUCUCAUUCCUGUAAAGUGAUUGAAAUUCUCAAAAUAAAGGUUGCUUCUUUGUCUAUGUAAA